AUGCCGCAUGGUGUUGGGGUCCUUACUGGAGUGUUUCUGGGCAUCAUGGCGGCGUGCUGCUUCCUGAUGUCCUUCACCGACAGCAUCACUGAUGCAGGAGGCAGGAUUUGCUACGGCGUUGUCACCCGAAAGGGACUGUGGUGGGCAGGCGUUCGUCAGGAGUACGGCUAUCCUCCUGGGGAACAACCCGUAACAGAUGAAGAGCAAGCUCCAAACCGCAACGGACAGCCCCACGAUGCACUGCUAGAUGCACACCCAGUAGCCGCUGCUAGCGAUAAUAACAUCCAACAGCCACCGUCCCCGUGGGAUUCCAAGUACAAGAGGACUGGGGUCGACUGGGCUCACGCGUCAAUCUCGGUCCUGACCUUUCUCACGUUGUCCAUGCUGACGCCACCGGUGAGCACCUGCUUCUUUGGCGCUUGCCUACCUCCCAACAUUGCCCUAGCGGUGCCAAUCCUUGUGGGCAUCCUGGCUUCCGUAAUGUUCACUCUCAUCGGAGCGCCGCGCAAAGGCAUUGGCUUCCCGGGCCAGGACCUUGCGAAGUGA